AUGGCAGAACCAAGGCGAACCUUGUCUGAUUAUGUAAGGCCUCAGUUUACUAGUGAGGAAUUCAGUGUGCAUGCUCCCACCGUGCCUGCUAAUUACUUUGAAAUCAAAGCAAGCACAAUUGGGAUGGUCCAAAAUUCCGUACAAUUUGAUGGGCUGGCUGAUGAAGACCCGCAUGGUCAUUUGUCUCGCUUCCUCCAAAUUUGUUCCACCUUCAAGAUUAACUCAGUGUCCGAUGAUCCGAUAAGAUUGAGAUUAUUCCCUUUCAGGCUAAGGGGAGCAGCAUAUAGAUGGCUCACUUCAUUGGCUCCGGGAUCGAUCACCACUUGGAAGGAAAUGGUGGACAAAUUUCUUGCUAGGUAUUUCCCGCCAAGCAAAGCCGCUAGAUUGAGGCAAGAGAUUUCUGCGUUCCGGCAAGGGGACUCCGAGACACUUUUCGAAGCACAUGAGAGAUUCAAGGAUCUCCUACGCAAGUGCCCCUAUCAUGGUUUCUCCUCCUGGAUGAGGAACCAGAUGCUUUGCAAUGGCCUAAAUUAUGUAACCAGACUGCCCAUCGAUGCUGCAGCAGGGGGGUCCUUGAGUAGUAAAACCCCUGAAGAUGCUGAAAUUUUUAUUGAAAGCAUGGCAAGUAAUGAGUGCCAUUGGUCUACUAGGCAAAAACCCCCUAAGGCAGCUAGAAUUUAUGAGAUAAAUGACAACACUGCACUUGCCGCCAAGGUUGAGGCCCUAACAAAGAGAUUUGAUCAGUUUGUGUUAGGUACAAGCUUAAAUUCUGGAGCAGUUUUGUCUUGCGAGACCUGUGGGGGCGAGCAACAUCGGCCCCCGCAGUCACAAGGACCUCCACAUCAACCUCCUCAGCAGCCCGAGAAGAAGUUCACCACUGAAGAUGUGUUAGCGAGGCUUAUGAUCAAUACCGAGGCGAAAUUUGUGAACAUCAAUAAUCAAUUCGCUGAAGUGAACACUGUUUUGAGGAAUGUGCAAGCCUCCAUUCAAUCAUUGGAAAACCAGGUUGGGCAACUUUCUAGGGCAAAUUCGGAGCGCCCACCGGGUAGCUUACCUAGUAACACUGAAAAUAAUCCGAGGGAGCAUUUGAAAGCCAUCACUCUCAGGAGCGGGAAACAGAUGCCCAAGUAUGCAAAAUUUAUGAAAGACUUGCUUACUAACAAGAGAAAAUUGGAGAAAUUAGAAACAGUUGCAUUACCACGGAACUGCUCUGCAAUGAUUCAGAGGAAGCUCCCUGAGAAAUUGACUGAUCCUGGGAGUUUCAUUAUUCCAUGUGUGAUUGGGGAAGACAUGCAAGAAAAAGCCUUGGCAGAUUCUGGGGCCAGCAUCAAUGUAAUGCCUUACAAGCUGUUUUUAAAACUGGGAUUAGAAGACAUGAGGCCCACAAGGAUGACAAUACAACUUGCAGAUCGUUCUAUAAAGAAGCCCCGCGGUGUUGUUGAGGAUGUGCUAGUUAGAGUAGACAAGCUCAUUAUCCCGGUGGAUUUCGUUAUUCUUGAUGUGGAUGAUGAUGUUGAAGUCCCAUUGAUCCUCGAGCGGCACUUUCUUAACACCGCUAGUGCCCUUAUUGAUGUAAAAGGGGGGAAAAUGACAUUUAGAGUAGGGGAUGAGGAAGUCAUUCUCACUCUCCCCGCGGCCAUGAAACACACCUUGGACCACGAUGAUCCCCUCUACUUUACUGAUGAAACUGAUAUGAUUAUUACUGAUUGUGUGCAGGAGGUCUUGGCGAUUAACCCCUUGGAUGAAUUCUUGGAAGGAAUGGAUAGCGAUGAGUAG